UGUGCGCGCUCUGGAGCGGCUGGUACUUAACGCCUGCCGUCUCGUCUCUGUUCCAGGAGCUGUGCCAAUGUGUACAUCGAGCAAACGAGAGAACGACGACAGAGAGGGAUCCUGUGUCUGUCCUGGUGCCACACAUUCACCUGUUUCUCCGUGGUGAACUGAAGGACAGUUCUUUCGAGAGGUCCCUACAUUUCAAGAGGAGACGAAAGCCUUAUUUGGAAAUCUUAUGGACGAAGUCCUAGCUACGGGAAAUGAGUCGCCAGACUGCCACCGCGCUGCCCACAGGAACAUCUAAGUGCCCUCCCUCUCAGCGCGUGCCCACCCUUUCAGGCACCACAGCCUCCAACAGUGACCUGGCGAGCCUGUUUGAGUGUCCUGUCUGCUUCGACUAUGUCCUCCCCCCAAUCCUCCAGUGCCAGUCCGGACACCUGGUGUGCUCUAACUGCCGACCUAAGCUCACUUGUUGCCCCACCUGCCGAGGUCCCCUGGGUUCCAUCAGGAACCUGGCCAUGGAGAAGGUGGCCAACUCUGUCCUUUUCCCCUGCAAGUAUGCCUCAUCAGGCUGUGAAGUCACCUUGCCUCAUACCGACAAGACCGAGCACGAAGAGCUUUGUGAGUUUCGGCCGUAUUCCUGCCCCUGCCCCGGUGCCUCUUGCAAGUGGCAGGGAUCAUUGGACGCAGUCAUGCCUCACCUGAUGCACCAGCACAAGUCCAUCACCACACUGCAGGGGGAGGACAUCGUGUUCCUGGCCACAGAUAUCAACCUGCCCGGUGCGGUGGACUGGGUAAUGAUGCAGUCGUGCUUCGGCUUCCACUUCAUGCUUGUGCUGGAGAAGCAGGAGAAGUACGACGGACACCAGCAGUUCUUUGCCAUCGUGCAGCUCAUUGGGACUCGCAAGCAGGCCGAGAACUUCGCCUACCGACUGGAGCUCAACGGGCACCGGCGUCGUCUGACCUGGGAGGCCACGCCACGCUCCAUCCACGAGGGCAUUGCCACAGCUAUCAUGAACAGCGAUUGCCUGGUGUUCGACACAUCCAUCGCACAGCUGUUUGCUGAGAACGGCAACCUGGGAAUCAACGUCACCAUCUCCAUGUGCUAAAAACUUUGAAGAGAAGAGGAUUUAAAAAAACAAAAGAAGUUACAUAUUGUUAGGGGGCAUUUUUUCUUCGUUUUCUUUUUUUUUUUAUUAGAGGGGAGACCUCACAGUGCCCCACCCCUCUCUGCCUCACUCCUUCAGACAUGGAUUUGGACUGUCUACUUAGGCAGCCAUGGAGGCCCGGGGGGGGUGAGAUGGUUGGCUGAAUGUUUGGAUAGAUGAGUGGAGGAAAUGAAACAAAAUGACGUAACUGUGUAGUGACGGCUAUAGACUUGUAAACACAUUACGUGAGACCCGUGCGCCCACGCGGGGCCUCGCCCUCUGUUGGUCAUAAACACGGACACAAACUGUUUGUCAAACUCCUUUCCUGGCCACGUGUCAGUCUUGGAGUGAUUUCCCACCGCUCAUUUUAGUGUCCCUGAUGCUCCCUCUGUUUGUCUCUCUCUCUGUCUCUGUGUGUGUGUGUGUGUGUGUGUGUGUGUGUGUGUCUCAGUGAUGCUCAGACAUUUCAGACACUACGGCUCUUCCCGAGCGGAACGCAGAAGGGGCUCCGGUCCCUGACUGCUACGCUCUGUGAAAAGGAUCAAGCUAUAAUUCAAAAUGGACUCCUGGUCAGUGCUGGAGGACUUGCGAGACAGCUAGCACCUCCUGUUUGUAAUCCACCUCAGUACCCCUCAAGUCCCCCCACACUUUCCCUCACUCUGAAUGGAACGGUUCCCAUGCUCCCCACCCUCGCAGGGCUAUGACCGUGGCUGUGGCUGCUAUUGACUAUUUCAAACUGGAACCCUGAGUCCCUAAAAAUCUUUAUCUGAAAUGUUUAUCUUCACCUGUGAUUGGGAUCAUCACUCACAGACAUGGAUGGCUGUAGCACCCUAACCCCCAAGUAAUGUCCAGGAAAAGAAGCUUGGAUCUGUGUAAAGGGUCCCGGGAUUACUACAACUGCGCGAGCUCUUUUUGCUUCCUUCUGCUCCACACCGGUUCCUCCCCCCAAAGCUAAAGAUUGCGCAUCGGAUGCUUGCUAUUAAAUUGUUGACUGUUGUCAUCAAUUAUUAAACUUUGCUGUUAUACUGUUUGGAUGUAAGAAGGCCCUCAGCUACGUCAGCCCUGGAGUUUUACUUUUUGAAGUUUUAUUUUCAAAGUGGACACAUCAACAGCUUUCUGACAUGCGCAAACGCACAUUGCUCUUUGCAUUACAGGCUCUGUGUGCAAGUGUAAUAAAUUGACCAAGGAACAAAUGGGUCCUUUUGUUUUUUUUAGAACAAGGAGGAAAAACAAACCUAAACACUGCAUUUCAGUUGAAGAAUUGUUUUGUUUUUCAAGUCUAUUUCUUUGGGUGUGUGUGUGUGUGUGUGUGUGUGUGUGUGUGUGUGUGUGAGAGAGAGAGAGGGAUGGCUGUCUUUGCUGAAAACCUGCUCAUUUUUUCGCUUCUUUCGUUUGUGCUCGGCCUCGUUUCUGUCGGCCUCAGUGAUUGACUGAUCACCCAACCAGGAAUGAGGGACAGUUUCUACCGUUACAAUGUUGCUAUUGUUAUUAUUACAUGGAGAUUAUGACAAUUAUCAGUUUUUGUAUUGAAUUUUAAAAACAAACAUUAAAAAGCAAUUGUAAAAGUUGUGGCUAAACUUCAGUGUUUGUAGUUUAAGAGGGAAAAAAAAAACAAGUUGUCGUUCUUCUGAAGGUUUCUUUUCUUCCAGAGUUGGGUUGCUUUAUUUUAUUUCCUCUUCACUUAUUUGUCCUGCUGUCCUCUCGUUUGUGUGGUAAGUCUUCCCCCUCGAGCCCUUUCUUUUUGUUCAAGGAUUGAGGGAGUUCAAGCCAAUCAUCUCUCCAUUUCACCUCAUGUGGAGUCUCAGUAAUGUUGCUGCUCUCCCUGAAGUCCUCCACUUCUUCUGUUUUAAUUUGUCAUUAAAUAAAUCUAUCUUUUUCAUA